CGUCAGCGCCAGUAAAUAUGUGCGUCGGGACGGGACGGGGGCACGGAACUGCUGUAGGGUCGACGAAUAAUCGGAGAUGAAGGAGAAAGAUGGACAUUUAACAGCGGUUUUAGAAGUGUAGCGGUAACUCGGCGAAAGCGCGAGUAUUUUGUAGCCUCACUGCAAAGCGAGUGUUAUAUGAGGACUCGCGGAGGACGUGCUUUAAUCGCAGUAAGUGAGUGUAGGGAGAGCCGGGGAGGGCUGUAGCUGCUGGGGUUUCUUUUGGAGAGGGAAAACAACAUGGCUGCGGUGGAGCUCGAAUGGAUCCCAGAAACACUGUACAACACCGCUAUCUCGGCUGUAGUGGACAACUACAGCCGGUCAAGAAGGGACAUACGCUCGCUCCCAGAAAAUAUACAGUUCGAUGUCUAUUAUAAGCUUUACCAGCAGGGUCGGCUCUGCCAGCUGGGAGGGGAGUUCUGUGAGCUGGAGGUGUUUGCUAAAGUGCUGCGGGCUUCAGACAAAAGACAUCUCCUUCACCACUGCUUCCAGGCCCUGAUGGACCAUGGUGUGAAAGUGGCCUCAGUUCUGGCAAACUCUUUCAGCCGCCGCUGCUCCUACAUCGCAGAGUCUGACGCUCAUGUCAAAGAGAAGGCCAUCCAGUUUGGCUUUGUGCUGGGGGGCUUCUUGUCUGACGCUGGCUGGUAUGGAGAUGCUGAGAAAGUGUUUCUGUCGUGCCUGCAGCUCUGCACACUGCACAGCGAGGUCCUCCACUGCUUCCGGGCUGUGGAAUGCUGUGUCAGGCUGCUUCAUGUCCGUAACGGUAAUUGUAAGUACCACCUGGGGGAGGAGACCUUCAAGCUUGCUCAGUCUUAUAUGGACAAAUUAGCCAAACAUGGCCACCAGGCCAACAAGGCAGCGCUGUACGGCGAGCUCUGUGCCUUGCUCUUCGCCAAAAGCCACUAUGAUGAGGCAUACAGGUGGUGUAUAGAGGCUAUGAAGGAAAUUACUCCAGGGCUACCUGUUAAAGUAGUGGUUGAUGUCCUCCGGCAAGCCUCCAAGGCCUGCGUGGUGAAGAGAGAGUUCAGAAAAGCAGAGCAGCUGAUCAAACAUGCAGUGUUUCUAGCAAGAGAACACUUUGGACACAAGCACCCCAAAUACUCUGACACACUGCUAGAUUAUGGAUUUUACUUAUUAAAUGUAGACAACAUAUGCCAAUCAGUUGCUAUUUACCAGACAGCGCUGGACAUCCGACAGUCUGUGUUCGGGGGGAAGAACAUCCACGUCGCCACAGCCCAUGAAGACCUGGCCUACUCCUCAUAUGUGCACCAGUACAGCUCUGGGAAAUUUGACAACGCUCUAUUCCAUGCAGAACGUGCCAUAGACAUCAUAACUCACAUUCUGCCUGAGGACCAUCUGCUGCUGGCCUCCUCCAAGAGAGUCAAAGCCCUGAUUUUGGAGGAAAUUGCGAUCGACUGCCACAAUAAAGAGACAGAAGAGCGCCUUCUCCAGGAGGCUCAUGACCUACACCUCUCCUCACUGCAGCUGGCCAAGAAGGCCUUCGGAGAGUUCAACGUCCAGACAGCCAAACACUACGGCAACCUAGGACGACUCUACCAGUCCAUGAGGAAGUUCAAGGAGGCAGAGGAGAUGCACAUCAAAGCCAUCCAGAUUAAGGAGCAGCUUCUGGGCCACGAGGACUAUGAGGUGGCUCUGUCCGUGGGUCACCUGGCCUCCCUCUACAACUACGACAUGAACCAGUAUGAAGAUGCAGAGAGGCUCUACCUGCGCUCCAUCGCUAUCGGUAAGAAGCUGUUUGGAGAGGGCUACAGUGGGCUGGAGUACGACUACCGAGGCCUGAUCAAGCUCUACAACUCAGUGGGUAACUACGAGAAGGUGUUUGAAUACCACAACGUACUGUCCAACUGGAACCGGCUGAGGGACCGGCAGUUUGCUGUGGCAGACGCCUUAGAGGACGUCAACACUACUCCCCAGCAGACCCAGGAGGUGGUACAAGCUUUCCUAUUGGCUCAGAGCCUGGGCCCCACCCGCCCCUGUCUUGGCUGAUUUUAUGAGGGAAGAGAGAGAAAAAAAAAAGAGACACGUGGGCUUUAGCCUGGCGAGGACACGAAAUAAGCCCAAAUGUGAUGCUUCAGUUGCACACACACUUAAUUAGUAAUACACAGUAAAUUCAAGCAUCACCGGCAAAGUCAGUCGGCUUUACAGUCACUGAAGCUGCCAGUACACACACAGACAUACACACAUUUAGUUGUGGAAUUUAAAAAAAAAAAAAAAAAAAUAGAGAAGACACCGUUAUCAAACCUCAUUGACACCCACAAAAACCACCAAGUUGCGACUCCAGACUGGAUGCAGCUUCACCCCACAGAGCAGACUGUUGCAUUUCUCCAAGAGAAAGAGGACAAACGACUGAGGGGGGGGGAAGAAACAAGAAAAAAAAAAAAAAACCUCAAACGUCCUGUAAGGAUGACAAACGACCUCUCUUCUUCUCUUGUCUCGCUCGCCUUUUUCUUUUCAGUUUGGAAUCGGAGAACAUUUUUUGAUUUUGUAUUUGAACCAGCCAUGAGACUCAUCACAGAUCAAUCCAUGUUCACCAGGGCUUUGUACUUUGACAGGAUCUGGACCCCACACAUCUGUGGAAAAAAAAAAAAAACCCACAUCCAUCAGCAUCAUCACUUGGAUCAGAGAUGGAAAAUGUCCGAUAUUUUUGACACUUGUACAGUAAAAUAAUACAGCAGAUUGUACACUUAAGUUUCAGUUGAAGGCUUCUUAUUUUUUGUUUUUUUUCUUUGCAAAGGAAUGAAAGUGGACCCUAAAGAAGACAUUAGUAAACUCCUGUUUUGAACUGCUUGGUGGAGAGAGAUUACAAACAGUGGAAUGUGUUGAACCAGUGGGUAUAUUGUUACACACAUAACAGGCUUCACAGGUCUUGUUUCAGUUUAUUUUAUCUUUUUUUUUCCAGCUUAGUACUGACAUAGCAUCAUUAAAAUGCCAAUAAUUUAUAUGCAAAAGUGUAUGUUUAUGUAGCCCUUUUGUUUAUGCUUUCUUACUGAGUGAGCCAUUAAUUCUGAAGGAACACUAUGACUUUAAAACAAAGGACAUGGAUAGGAGGAAAGAGGAAGAUGCUACAUGUACAGAGGUCUGUAUAAGCCUGCCUUUAUUUGUUAAGCUAAAGGUGUGGCUUUGUGUGUGUGUGCGUGUGUGUGUGACUAUACACAGAUAGAGCUCCGGGUGCCUAAGUGCUCCUCUGAUGACUACCAGCCUUACACCAGCUUGCAGUUAUCUGUCUGUAGACGGACCCAUACUUCUAAGUGCUAAAUAAACUGAUAACCCUUAAGGGCACUACAAUGGGGACCAAUAUUGUGUAUUUGUGUGUGUGUGUGUGUGUGUGUGUGUGUGUGUGUGUGUGUGUGUGUGUGUGUGUGUGUUGCCAGCCUGUUUACCUGUGCAUUUAGCCUUUCCUCUCCACUCCAUCCUGUCAGAUAUCCCAUUAAAACAAAGUUCCAGAUAUGUUUUUUUUUUUACUGGACCAUAUUUUCCCAUCGGUCUCCUUCAUAAAGACUGUUUCUGUUCAAUUUCUCAUCAACAGUGUCACUAAAGAGCUGAACUGUCUUGUUUGUCUGGGUGCUGACCUUCAAUCAAAAUGGAGAAACAAGAAAAUAACCCUAAAAACAACUAACGACAUGUCUUUUUACUAUUUCGAUGCAGGUAUGCUCACUUGGAUGCAGGUCUACAUGCAGCACUUAAGCUUCUGGGCCACGCAUAAAAAAUCAGUUCACCCAAAUUACUAAAAAUACAUUUUCCUCACUCACCUCCAGUGCAGUGGUUCCUAUUUGCUUGUGACUACAAACAGAGCAAUACUGGAUUAUAUGAAGCUGAUAUUGAUUGUAAUAUAUCAGAUUUAUUUUUCCAUGUUAACACACAAAACAUUUUUAAAAGAUCCCUGGUUAUUAAAGUGGCUAUUAAACAAACUGUGACCAAGAUAUGUACUAAGUGGAACGUUAUGCAGUUGAAAAAUAAACUUGUCAGCGCUC